AUUUCGUCACUUCCGUUUACUGUCGGGCACCGCAGCGGAGUUCUCAGAGUGCGGCGGCUAACCGGCUGAAGAAGCUGAGGGACUAGAGGCGGGGUGGGCGGGGGGGUGGAACGGGGAGGAAAUCCCUUCACCGAGACAGCAGCCUGGACGUUCCCACCUCCUCCCAAACUGUCGGGUCCGAUCGGACAGGGGUCACCGCCUCCUCCAGCGGUGGAGAAGGGGGGCGGAGCCCGGCUCAGGAUAAUGGAUUUUCCUGGACACUUCGAACAGAUCUUCCAGCAGCUGAACUACCAGAGACUUCAUGGACAGCUGUGUGACUGUGUCAUUGUUGUGGGGAACAGGCAUUUUAAAGCCCACCGCUCCGUGCUGGCAGCAUGCAGCACGCAUUUCCGAGCCCUGUUCUCGGUAGCAGAGGGAGAUCAGAGCAUGAACAUGAUCCAGCUGGAUAGUGAGGUCGUGACAGCGGAGGCCUUUGCCGCGCUGAUUGACAUGAUGUACACCUCCACCCUCAUGCUGGGGGAGAGCAAUGUUAUGGAUGUCUUAUUGGCAGCCUCUCACCUGCAUCUGAACUCCGUUGUUAAGGCAUGUAAACAUUACCUCACGACAAGGACGCUGCCCAUGUCUCCCCCCAGUGAGCGUGUCCAGGAGCAAAGUGCCCGCAUGCAGCGCUCCUUUAUGCUCCAGCAGCUGGGACUAAGCAUUGUGAGCUCGGCCCUUAAUUCCAGCCAGAGUGGUGAGGAGCAGUCAGCCCCUAUGAGCUCUUCGAUGCGCAGUAACCUGGACCAGCGGACUCCCUUCCCCAUGAGACGCCUUCACAAGCGCAAGCAGUCUGCAGAGGAGCGAGCCAGACAGCGCCUUCGACCCACCAUGGAUGAGUCUGCCAUUUCAGAUGUUACCCCGGAGACUGGACCGUCGGGGGUUCAUUCUCGGGAGGAGUUCUUUUCACCAGAUUCUCUGAAAAUUGUGGAUAACCCUAAGGCCGACGGCAUGACCGACAGCCAGGAAGACACCACCAUCAUGUUUGACCAGUCUUUUGGUGCUCAGGAAGAUGCCCAAGUGCCCAGCCAGUCUGACAACAGCACUGGCAACAUGGCGCAGUUGUCCAUGGCAUCUCGGGCAACUCAGGUGGAGACGAGUUUCGAGCAGGAGGCCGCGACUGAGAAAAGUGGUUUCCAGUGUGAGAAUCCUGAGGUUGGCCUUGGUGAGGAGCACAUGCGAGUGGUGGUGAAGUCAGAGCCCCUGAGCUCCCCGGAGCCUCAGGACGAAGUGAGCGAUGUGACCUCCCAGGCCGAGGGCAGUGAGUCUGUGGAAGUGGAAGGAGUUGUGGUCAGUGCUGAGAAGAUCGAUCUCAGCCCGGAAAGCAGCGAUCGGAGUUUUUCCGAUCCCCAGUCUAGCACGGACAGGGUAGGUGACAUCCAUAUAUUGGAAGUCACAAAUAAUCUAGAACAUAAGUCUACUUUUAGCAUUUCAAAUUUUCUUAACAAGAACAGAGGAGGUAACUUUAGCACAAACCAAAACAAUGAUGAUAAUCUCCCAAACACCACUAGUGACUGCAGGCUGGAGGGUGAGGCCUCUUAUUUGUUGAGUCCAGAGGCAGGGCCUGCAGGCGGGCCUUCCUCGGCUCCGGGCUCUCAUGAGAACCCAUUUAGUGAGCCUGCAGACUCUCAUUUUGUUAGGCCGAUGCAGGAAGUGAUGGGCCUGCCAUGUGUGCAGACCUCAGGCUACCAAGGAGGAGAACAGUUUGGGAUGGAUUUUUCCAGGUCCGGUUUGGGUCUCCACUCCUCCUUUUCCAGGGUAAUGAUGGGCUCCCCAAGAGGAGGAGCCAGUAACUUUCCUUAUUACCGCCGCAUUGCUCCCAAAAUGCCAGUUGUAACUUCUGUCAGGAGCUCACAGAUCCCUGAAAACACUGCGGGUUCCCAGCUGAUGAUGAAUGGGGCCACUUCCUCAUUUGAAAAUGCCCAUCCGUCCCAGCCUGGCCCUCCCCAGUUGACCAGAGCCUCUGCUGACGUCUUGUCCAAAUGCAAGAAGGCCUUGUCAGAGCACAAUGUCUUGGUUGUAGAAGGUGCUCGCAAGUAUGCUUGCAAAAUCUGCUGCAAGACUUUCCUGACCUUGACAGAUUGCAAGAAGCACAUUCGUGUUCACACAGGUGAAAAACCCUACGCCUGCUUAAAGUGUGGCAAGAGGUUCAGCCAGUCCAGCCACCUCUAUAAACAUUCUAAGACGACCUGCCUCCGCUGGCAGAGCAGCAAUCUCCCCAGCACUCUGCUCUAGACACAGUGCUGAUUGAUGCCAGUGGUGGAAUCAGCCGGAAACCUUCAUUAGAUGGUUAAUGCCGUAGGGUUUGCGCUUCAGGCUGCAAUGGUUCCUGCAAAUUUGGGCAGUUACUAAACGGAGACUGAUCAAUGUAGUGCUUGUGUUGCUACAUUUCCAAGUGAAGUGCACGACUUGGCAGAGAGAUGCAAUCCCUGAAACCAAGUUGAGUAAUGCAGUCAUAAAAUAGUUUGUAAUCGAUGUUCUUAAAAGUGGC